CCUUAAUAUCCUAAAAAGGUGAACACAAUUGGGGAAAAAAGGCAGGUUACAAAACAGAAUAUCUAAAUGAUCCUAUUGUGUGUGUGUGUGUGUGCGCGCGCACGUACAUAGACAAAUGACUAAGAUGUAUACAUCAAAAUAAGCGUAAUGGAGGGGAGGGUGUAGCUCAGCGGUAGAGCACAUGCUUGGCAUGCAUGAGGUCCUGGGUUGGAUCCCCAGUACCUCCAUUAAAUGAAAGAGAAAAUAAUAGACACGGCGGUGGCCACUGCGCAGACCAGACGCAGCUCGCUCGCGCCUGGCUCCGCUUCUUCUGCAACCACGUCUGACAAACCGGACACGGCUGAGAUGGAGAAAUUCGAAAAGUUAAAACUGAAGAAGGUGCAAGAGAAAAAUCCACUGCGUUCCAAAGAAAUGACUGAACAGGAGAAGCAAGCAGGCAAGUCGUAA